CACAAACCAUAUCCAACACUGCAUGUCACAAGUUUUUGCAUCGUCUCGUGACCGAUGACACCAUGUCUUUGCCAUCCUUACCUACAUGCGAUGGCGACCGACCUUUCUUGUGGGAAGCAGUCCUGGUGUCGUCGUCAAAGCCGACAAACAGAAACUCAGUAGUCAUACGAUGGGUGACCUCCUCGGAAAGCGAAGACCCGGCGACACACACAGAUGCAGAGUACUUCAUGGUCACUUCUAGUGCUGGGGAUGUAGUUGAAGUGGUCUCAAAAACUUCGAUGUUUCUUUCACGAGGUCCGGCUGUCGGAGAAGAGGACUUGGCAAGUUGUGAGUUUCAUUUCUCGAGGUCAUGGCCACGGACAUUGUAUAGUAAAGGUGGUGGGGCAGGCGCAAGUGGGAGCAGGAGCAAUACUUCCAAGCGAAGCGCAGCAACGUCAAGUGCGACCUUUCAUGACGAUAUUGCUCUAGGGACAGUGACUUGCAGUCUGCGACGUGCGUUUCAAUUAGAGGCACGUAAGGAGACAUUCGGUGCAGGUCCUUUGAGGUUGUUGCAUUUGUGUUUUCAACAAGGAAUUUUGGAGUUGUCAUCGGGAGGAGGUAGCGCCAGUAGCAAUGUUGGGGACACAAGAAUUUCAUCCAUCACUUCUCUCCCACUUCUAGACCUAGUCGACACAGCCGGACUAAGUCGCGAGAUCAAGCUGCUUCCAGGUAGUGAUGCCUUAGUUUCUGUCGUUGCUGCGACACUAGUGGAGCAAGCGCGUGAUGCACCAGCUGAUGUAAAGGCACAACUCGCUGAGGAUCCCACUACUAGAGAGGAACCAUCCGCACUAGUGCCAGAAUCUGCGGCAAAGUUUCUUCUUCGUUUCGCAGCUGGAACCUCAACAACUUCAAGUAGUAGUUUCAACAAAAAAAUCUGUUUGAAAAAAUGGGCUGAGCCUUUUCUAAGCGACAGUGUUGAAUCCCAACAAGAGAAUUUGAGUCUUUCGCGCAGGUGCUCACAUGAGAGCGUUGGCAUGGGUUCUCCCGGAUCAUUGCUCGCUACCGUAGAGGGUCAACAUGGUGGGAACCUCCUUUCUCAAGGCACGAGCACGACUACUACUGGGAAAGAACAAAACCUGCUUCGUGAGCGCAUAGUGCAGUUAGAGGACAAACGGAGAGGACUAAGAAGUAAUUCAAAAGAGGGGAAAGCAGACGUCUUCGCUUCGUCGUCUUUACCUUCGAGAGAUCGAAAACUGGAUAUAAAAAAUGCGGAACUGGAUCGUUGGGAGAAAAAGACUGCGGAGCGAAGGGAAAGGAUGAACAUGUUAUGCGCUUCUAACUGUGAGCAGGUACUCACACACUCAAUUCGUCCCUGCAGGUUCGCCUUGGCCCCGAAGCAGUGGACGACCCUCAACCUUAACCUUAACCAUUUCAAAAAAGAAGGUGUAAGAAUCACAUCUUCGAAGUAGAGCACACUCAAAUUUCAAAAGAAGGUGUAAGAAUCACAUCUUCGAAGUAGAGCACACUCAAAUUUCAAAAGAAGGUGUAAGAAUCACAUCUUCGAAGUAGAGCAUUCAGCACAAGAACUUCAUACAGCACAAGAACUCUCUAAUUUCCAACUUCCGCACGCCUGGGCGCGAAUCGGACAACAAAGCUGCUUUCGUGGAAAUCCACGACACGUUAGUGAUGCCUAGAGUGCUUCAGAAGGACAAGGAAACUUACAGAUUGCUAGAACCCAAGGAAUACUUGGCCAACGAACGAAACUUGGUCCAAUGGCUUGAGCUCACGUUUUUGCUGUUCGCUUCGGGAUGUAUACUGGUAUGAGUGAGAAGAUUCAAUGCACUGUUACUAGUGCUAGAAGAAAUGGACAUCGUCUAGUAGAGAAUUUUUUUCGACUUCUUGUAAGGAUUCUUUUUCGCCUUGCGUCCUCAAUCAGAUGAACUCGAGUUAGAUUUUCGUAAGUCCCAUUUUUCAUACUCUAAUCCCACUGCGCUGCGGCAGUGUCGGCGGCGGCGCUAAGUCGUCCUUAAAAGACGCAGUUGGAAGCAGCGCAUCAGUAGAAGCAACAUCAUCAAGUACUAGAAGAUUAGGAUCACAUUCAACAUCGCAUUCCUCGUCGUCAUCCUCUUCAGAUCAAUAUUACACGCCGGGAGAGGACUACAACAACCCUUUUUUCUCGUGGUUUAGGAGCUUACAUGAUAACUGGCGGCAGCCUCCAGCACCUGGAACAUCGCUCUCCAUCCUAGAGGAGAUGUUCGGUCGUGGGAAAGGGGAGAAGAAGCGAGAAACACUUGCAUGUGCAGCAUUUGGAGGGGUAUUGGUUCUAGCGUCGUUUAUUGGGUUGUGGAUGGGGCUGUUUCUCUUUUACAAAAGGUCUGAAUGCUUUGCGAAUGGGAAGUAUUUGAAAAGGUACUUCCAUACGAGAACGGGGCCGUUACUGUAUGCAGGUUGUGUAGUGUUGUUGUUGGCAACGAACCUGCUCACCACGUCGUGAUCCAUUGAACAAUAUCAAUAUCGUGGAAUUAUAUUUGAGGGAUGUGCAUAGUCUGUGUGGG